AUGAGGCCUGAGAUGACACAGCCGUGUUCCCCCUCCGUAGUCGUGGGCAUGGAGGAAUAUCCUGUCUUCUUGUCCCCUCCUGGGAGCGCGCUUGCCGCCAGCAGCAGCAGCAGCCAUGCGGUGGCUUCUCAGCAGCAGCCGCUGCUGCAUGUAACGGGAGAUGUGUCUUGCUACAGAGAGGGCACGCUGCAUCGUCUUAUAGCCGCGAGGAACAUUCCGGGGGUUCGGCAGUGGUUAAGCAACCCAUUUUGUCGAGAUGCAGUCAACGACUUCAAUCACGCAGGGGAGACCCCACUGCAUGUCGCCUUACAUGUGUGUGAGCCUCGCAUUCUCUCGCUUUUGCUGAGCCCCCCGCCGGCGCAGUUCCCCCCCCAGUGCAUUCUCUCCUGCAACGGCAGCAGCAGCCGCAGCGGCGCGUGUGUGAGCGGGGAGCCAGAGGGUGCGGAGGGCUCGCUCUUAUCGGCGGACUGGCGAGCGCAUGCGGCGCGUGCAGCAGCGGCUGCUACUGCGGCAACCGUCGACUUCUCGCUGCCUUUAGAUGACAUGCCCGCCCUCCACAUCCUCGUGGGCCGUUCAUCCUUCGCCGAAGUUCGCGCAGAUGCAGCUGAGUGCCUCAGACGCUUGUUAUACCACGCAGGAUUGCUGUAUGCAGCCUCAGGCGGCUCACGCGUCUGCAGCCGCUGCACGCUCACAAGCACCAGAAGCAGGGAUCUGUCGACGGCUUGCCCAAAGGAGGAGGCCCGUCAGGUUCAGUGUGGCGCGCAGGAGUUAGAUUUGGAUGCAACGGAUGGCAGCGGAAAGACGGCGUUGCACGUUGCUGCUGCUGCGGGGGGUGCAGCUGCCGUCGAGUUGCUGUUGCAUGCGGGGGCGGAUCCGCUGAUAGCGGAUAAGCGGGGGUUGAUGCCGCUGCAUGUGGCUGUGGACAGCCGCUCUGUCGAGUGCCUUUUGCUGCUGCUUGCGCAUUCUUUCCCGGAGGACUGCUUUUUGUGGUGCGUGGACUCUGCUGCGGAGACGCUGCAGCGGCAGGAGGAUGCGCAGCGACUCGUUGUGGGGAGUGCGGCAGCAGAGGCUGCAGUGUCGACCGAGGGGGCCCUCGCCGGGGGGGCCCCUCCCGAUGUGCGGGCCUUUAAGAGGGUUGUGUUGCAGCGGGCGGAGAGGCGGCCUCUGCUGCCCUGCGCAUGCAGCAGCAGCCUCGUCUACAGGAUUGCCAGACGCUGCGUUCGCCGCUCCUCCUUUCGUUGCCUGGCAGCGCUGCUGUCAUACCCCGUGUCUGCUGCUGCAAGCGCCAGCGGCAGCGGCAGCGCAGCAGCAGCUGCUGGCGAGUCGUGCAUGGCGCUGCAGCUGCUUCAUGAGCAGCAGUUGCGGGAGCUUCUCUGCGUUGCUCGCCGUAGCGGGUGUCUGCAGUUGUUUCUUGCAACCGUCUAUGAGUUGGUGGACGCGGAGCCGUCCAUGUGCAGCGUAGCGAAGGCUGUGUUUGCCGAGGCUGGGAAGACUUCCUCGAACUGCGGGGCACCACCGACUGCUCCUCAGCCGGUGUAUGUACAGCAACGCUGCAGCAGCAGUAACAGGACGUACCGCAUUCCUGAGGGGUCAGGGACCUUGCUGGCUACGCAUGAGAGCUGCAUGCGCCACUUGCCGCUCCCCGAACCCUCCGAUUUCCCCGUCAAGCGAUUUAAGCUGAUGCAGAGGUUCCCCGAGAACCCCAGCAGGCUAGAGGUGUUGGUGCAACCGUCUUCGGGCGUCCUGAAGGCUGCGGAGUUCAGGCACUUGGACUGGAUCGAUUCUGCACCGCCGGCGUCGUUGGCAGACAUCCUCCGAGUGCACGACGUUAGCUAUAUCUUCAAAUUGAAGCAAAAAAUACGCAGUACCUUCGGCACUUCUUCAGUUAAAGGGCCCUCGGGCGGCAACAGCGCUGUGGGGCCCACAGGGUUGGACAAGUUUGCGUAUUCGUUUGCUGAUGGCGAUACGCCAGUGACAGCUUUGAGUUGGGAGGCAGCCACCUGCGCUGCGGGAACUGUAAUUGCGGCUGUGGAUGCGGUUUGUACUGGCGCUAGGGUUAACGCCUUUUGUGCGGUCAGGCCGCCAGGUCAUCAUUUGGGGAGCUGGGGGGCUGCUCAGACAGCUCCCUAUUCCCUGACAGACGAGGAUAUUGCAGCGGGGAGUCAGGGCUUUUGCGUUUUGAAUAACGUGGCCAUUGGUGCUGCCUAUGCGCGGUACAACUAUGCACAGAAAGGUAUUCGCCGCAUAGCAAUAGUGGAUUUCGACGCGCAUCACGGAAACGGGACUGAACAGAUAAUUCGGAACGUUGGUCUCAAAUUUAGAAAGCUGCAGGGCUUGUCUACAUUACUGUCCGACAGCAGCUCACCGGCUGAAGUGCAUCGCGCUCCUCCAAACCCCCAGUGGGGUGACCAUCCUGACUGCUGCGAAUCCGACGGCCUUAGGGGAUCGGCGGAAGACGGGGGGGGGAGUCUUCAUGACUUUCCUGUACAGCUCCCCAUGUGGUUGGGCUGGCGCGAUGAGAGCGACCAAGAUGAGCUCUUCUUCGCUUCUAUUCAUGCUUUUGACGGCAGCUUCUAUCCUGGCACAGGCAAUGACUGUGAAGACUUUAGUGGUCCCACAAUCCUUAACGUGACGAUGCCAGUCCACGACGCUUGUUUCACACCUGUGGAGGGAUCGGCGGAGGGUGACUCCUGCUGCCACUGCCGCCGUUGCCGUGAGCGGACUUGCAUGGGCACGCGCGCACGCGCUGCUGCUGUUGGUCAUGGCACUCCAGCAGUGGCAGCAGCAGCAGCAGUUGGGGGAGUUCUCAAGCCAUACCGCUGCCACUGCUGCCGGCUCCCAGGUCUACCGCAUCGUUCUGUGCGGAGUCGCUUGCUGUUUAAGGAGCGCGUCUUGAAACGGCUGGAUGCCUUCAAGCCCGAUCUCAUUUUCCUCAGUGCAGGCUUUGAUGGACACAUCAAGGAUCCCAUUGGGGGCGAGGCCGUGGGCUGGACGGAAGACGACUUUUACUGGCUCACGAUGCAGGUGCAACGGGCAGCCCACCGCCACUGCAGUGGCCGCUGCAUCAGCGUCCUAGAGGGCGGAUAUAAUGUAAGGGGAGGCGUCAUUUCUCCCCUGGCUCUCUGUGUUCGAGAACAUGUUAGAGCCCUCGUCAAGGCCGCGCACAUGCGCCUUGAGACACAUGCCAAGCCUCGUAAAACACAGGGCUCAUUGAGCAGGGUUCCCGAGGAGCUGAUUGCCCAAGGAGCUUCAGAGUCGCAUGCGCCGCGCCACCAGGAGGCCUCUAGCCCACUGGGAGACGAUAGGGUCCCUGCAGGACGUGGGGAAGAUGCUCUGGAGGGGUUCUCCGGGGGAGAGGAAGAGUUUCUAGUAGAAGAUGAAAGCGACAGCGGCUUUUCGAGCUCGGACGAUGAAGCUGAAGCCUUUUUUGAUGCAUAUGAAGCUGUCGAGGGGGGUGGGGCCCCUUUUCAAGGCGCCUUGGUAGAGCCCUCAGAGGGUCCUUUGUUCGUUGCUGACGGUCCAGGGGGUUCUCUACAGCAGCCGGUUGUCAGCCUGGGUGCCGCUAUGGGCUCUCCUUCGCGAGCAGGUGUCGCCGGAUCUCCCAUCGAUAGCCAUCAGCCGAUGUCAGGGGGCCCUCUUUCUUACGUCAAGGACUCACUGAGGGCCUCGCUCCCACACCCGAGCGCAGCAGCAGCGACGGCUGCAGCAGCUGCUGGGGGGGAGUGGCUUGGUAAUGUAACUGGGGAAACGCGCAUCUUUCAUUCCAUACAGGAGGGUGUGCAAAGCCCUUCGGCGAUUUCCUCCGUCUCGGAGGACAGUGCCGCGGCAGGAGGGGGGCCCUCCUCCUCCUCCUCCGAGUCUGAUGCAGCAACGGCUGCAGCAGCUGCUGCAGCCGCUGCAGCUGCAGCGGCUGCUCUCGCAGGGCAAAAAGACGGCACAGCGAGGCGAAAUUUAAAGAGACAGCAGGGAUUAUCCAGCCGAAGCUCUUCAUCUACGGCAUGA